AUGCCAGCGUACGUCCACUCUGACCGUGGUGCUGCGUUUAUGACUCUCAAGUUACGAGCUUUCUUCGCAGAGAAGGGAAUUGCCACCAGCCGAACGACUAGCUAUAACCCAGAAGGUAACGAUCAAGUUGAGAAGUACAAUGGUGUGGUAUGGCAAACAACCAUUAAGUCAUUGAGAUCCAAGAAUCUGCCAACAAAGCACUGGCAACUCGUUCUCCCGGAUGUCUUGCAUUCUAUUUGUUCCCUCCUAUGCACAGCAACUAAUGAGACGCCGCACAAACUAUUCUUCAGUUUUCCAAGAAGAUCAUCUACAGGCUCUUCCAUACCCACUUGGCUAGCCACACCUGGCACCGUUUUCCUCAAGCGUCAUGUCCGUGCCAGCAAGACAUGUCCUCUUGUCGACGAGGUAGAGCUACUUCAAGCGAAUCCUCAAUAUGCUUAUAUACGCUACCCGGAUGGAAGGGAGACUACCGUUGCCACAAGGCACCUGGAUCCCAGAGGCCAGCAAGAGAUUGUCCUGUCAGAGCCAGCUCAGCUUCCGAUAUGGACCCCUACAUCAACCUCUGAAAUAGCUCCAGUGUCGCCGGAAGCAGUCCCAGUGUCAACUGAAGGCAGUUCUUGUGCGGAAUCGGCGCCCAUUUCUACGGUAGAGGAGCAUCCACCUUUACGACGCUCUGAGCGGGUGCGUCACCCGCCAGAUAGACUUAACAUUUAAAUGAUGGGGUGAAUGUUGUAACAUUACAUGAAGUACUAUGGGUUACCUGUAUUGGGAGCCUGUGCUCGAGUGGUACAUUUGUUUAUAUUAUGUUAUUUGACCGCCAUGUUUUUGUUAGUUAAAGCCUUACAUUUGUAGGCAACUAUUUAUGUUUAAAUAAAGUCAUUUACUUCACAACAAUGUAAUUAGCAAAAGUCACUUAAAAUACUAAAUUUGCACUUUUUACCAUUUAUACAUUGUUAAAUUGGAACGUUUUUUAAAAAUAUUAAAUUUGCAUCUACGUUUAAAUUCAAAUACUGCCUCGUACCCAGGCGCUUUAAAUAAUUACAAUACAUGAAGUAUUCAGGUAGGCAGGCGACGUGCAAAGGGGCUGUUGGGAAGGAUGCAUGCUGGGGAGCACCUGGCAGUUCUUGUAUACUGUCAUGGUGGGAAAACAUGGAACUUACUACAAAAUGUUACCAUAUCUUCAUAUACUCUGUGUGUAAAACCUUACUUUGUGAUGAAGAGUUGAAUUGAACGCCAUUGGCAAAUAAUAAUAAAUUUGUAGAUGUUAAAUGACAAAAUACGCAAAAAAUUAUAUAUGUAAAUAACAUGGCAAGUUAACCGUGCAAAUAUGUCGAAUAUGUCAUUCGGUAUUACAUGGAGAAGAAUAGAAUGCUGUCAGUUACCUAGCAUAAAACAGUAACAGAGAAAUGAUUAGAAAGUCAUAUAAUUGCUUUUGUAUUAAUAACUUCUUUAGCUGAAGGCUCGAUCAGUCAAUCACAAUGCUGAUGGCAAUUUCUAUUAAAUGUAUACUGUAAACAAAAGCCCAAGUAAAUAAAAGAUCACAGCUGUACAGUUUGAAAUAUUUAUUACAAAAGUGCAAUUUUAUAGUCUGUACCUUUAUAUAGUUAUAGCUUACAAAUCUAGUUCCUGCAAGUCUAGUUCUUCAAUGCUUUGGUUGUUGACAUGUUAAUAUUGCAAUUUCCAUGUGACUUUAAAUAAGGCAUAUGUCAUAUGUACCAAGAAUAACAGCAUGAAUUCACGCCCAGAUGACAGAAGAAUAUUAACAUUAGUCAAUUCAACAAAAACAAGUAGCAAAAAAUCGUAAAUGACAAUGAAAUAUCACAACAUGCAAGAAAUCGACUUUCUUGCAAGAAAUCGACCAAGAACUGCCAGGCGUCUCGCAGUUCAAGUGCACUCUUCCCAUCAGUCCUUCGCACAUCACUCCCCACUACAAUACUCGUCAUAUGCGCACUGUUUUUCUUACAAAGAGACACCUGGGUACGAGGCAGAUUCAAAUAUUAAAUUUGCAUCUACGUUUACGGAUUCGCCAAUUUUCAUACCCAGACCCCAUGCGCGUAGUUGGGGACAAAAAUCAGGUGUGUCUAUAAAUAAAUUUUAAUAUGCGCAUGCGCCUCUAACCCGUCAAUUUUUACUAAAAUCACAUAAGAUCCGCUUAUAGGCACUAUGCUUAUAUUCGGGGGAACAGGGUAUGUGGAAAUACACUGUAUGGAAAUUUUGAUUUGGUACAGUAUCCAGAGUAAUUAUAACUAUGAUUAUUGUAACAUGAAUUAGGAUUUUGAUUUGAUAGGGUUCAUGGGAAAAAGCAAUCAAAAAUAGAUUGAAAUAUAUUAGAAAGUACGAUGCGAAAAAGCGAAAACUUCUGGAACUUGGAAGUGCAGGUGCAGAUAAGCCUGUGAAGGAAACCAUUACUCAAGUGGUUGUGAAGACAACCAGGAGAAUGGAUUUUUGGAAUGAAAUCCCAACCUCAACAGAGAAUGAAAGGAUUAUUUCUGAUCAUGUCGAAGAGCUGCAAAAAGAAUGUUCAUGCCCACUUGGCAAUCAAGAUGUAGUGAAGGUGAAAAAUAUAAUGGUUACUACUUAUGAAUACAGGAGAACACAAGUAUUAACCAAGCCAGUGCCAGUCAAAGAGUUGGUUAACAAAUUUCCACCGCAACUGUUAGUGGGGUAAGUUUUUUUAAAUAGUAAACAAUAUAGCGCUGGCAUUUUACUAAUUCCGUAGAGUUGAAAAGUUCGACUUCAUGCCCUAAAGUAAUUUGAGAUAAUGCCCAAGUUCACUCUUAGUCUUUCGGAUGUAUUGUAGCUAAUUUUAUGUUAUGUAUGAAUACUGUAAAAGUGAUAUUAAUUUAAAUUUUUGUAUAGAUUUGUCAAGAAUUUUGUCAUGUCUUGAAGGAUCAAGAUGCAUUGAAAGAUAUGAAGGACAGAUUUUUUAAAUACAAAUCUGCAAUUGUAUCAUUUUGUAAGAAGCUACAUCAAGCAAAUCCUUUCAUUAAGAACAUGUUACGUUUUCUCCAAGAACAGAUAACUAAAGAACCUGCAUCUGCACAGAGUAAUCAUAUCUGUCUGCCAUACCUACACAGUGGUACUGAAAAGGUGUGCAUGCAGUAACUUUUAAAAAUAUUUUAUCCUGUCUCUAUAUACAUGCACUAAAAUACGGAAUAUGGCCAUUAGGUCAUGGUACAGUAUUUCGAAGGAUUGAAUGCAUUAGUUUGGAAAGAUUUUGUGAUAUUUUUUAAAAUUGUGUUGUGUAGAUCUGGAGAGCACAUUUGCUAUGAUUGCACUUCCGGAUCUACUAAAGAUGAGAAGAAGACUGCAAGUGCACUUAUCGAGAUUUUGGGUGUAAGUUAAACCUUGUCAGUAGCAUUUUCAUCAACUUCAUUAUUUUUACCCUUGCUAUUUUUUAUGAUUUUAGGAAGAUGAUGACAUAAGCGACCACAUUCGAAACGCUGCGCAUCCAAUGCUCAUUGGUGUCGGGAAAAAUCCUUUGAAAUUAGAUUGCCUUUUCAUUUGUGUGGAAGGAGACAAACUAGUUGAUGUCAGCAUUUAUUCUUCUGAUACAGUACUGCUGUGUUUUUAUGCUGUCUAUAUUAUGUAUUUUCAAUUGCGUACCCCAUUGAUCACAAAGAUUUUUUUUAUUUUGUCGAUUCAGUAA